UGAGCGAGGCCGGGCCGAUGGGCGCUGCGGGCCGGGGCGCGGAGCGGUGGGCGGCCGUGGUGGCGUUUCUCUCACCCCAGCGGUGUGGACGGAGCCACACGCCCUCCGAACAACAACGGCUCUGGCGUGCGUGUCCCAGUGUUUGUUCUGCUGGAGAGCCCAGCAGAACUGCAGCUCCUCCCGUGCCGGCCCUGAGCUGAGCCAGGAGUGCCCCGCGAUGGUGAAGAUGACCAAGUCCAAAACUUUCCAAGCGUAUCUGCCCAACUGCCACCGAACCUACAGCUGUGUCCACUGCAGGGCCCACCUGGCCAAUCACGACGAGCUGAUCUCCAAGUCCUUUCAGGGAAGUCAGGGACGAGCCUACCUCUUCAACUCAGUGGUGAACGUGGGCUGCGGCCCCGCAGAGGAGCGCGUCCUGCUCACCGGCCUGCAUGCCGUGGCCGACAUCUACUGCGAGAACUGCAAGACCACGCUUGGGUGGAAAUACGAGCACGCCUUUGAAAGCAGUCAGAAGUAUAAAGAAGGAAAAUUUAUCAUCGAGCUCGCUCACAUGAUCAAAGACAAUGGCUGGGAGUAAAGUGGACUUCCUGUUCCCCCUUGAAUGUGACUGAGACGGUCAUCAAGGAG